CAGCGAGCUCUCAUUGGCUGUGACAUGAGACAGGGGGAGGAGUCUCAUACAAUGAAUGUGCUGAGGACACAUGUUUACAAUGAUGGGGGAGAGAGGAAGAAUGGAGCUGCACAGGAGGACCACUCAAUACUAUGGUGCCUCCCCUGGACAAACUUCUUGUAAGGGAAGCUAACAAAAGCCACUGAAAGACGCUAAAAAGUCACACUGGACUGCAGUAUCACAAGGGAAAGAUAUUAAAUGAGUCAUCAUCCCAAAAGCUUGUUUGUAACCUCACUGUUUGGUCCAAGCACAACUCUCUAUACCAGUUCCAUAACAACCUCAGACAAGUCAUCACAAGGACUCAGAGAACACACUGUGAAGAUCCUCUCUCAGGAAUGACCAGUGCUCGGCUGCUGAAAAAAUCAGAAGAGUCAGUUUUUGGAGCUCAGUCUUCUCACAGGAUGGCUUCCACUGUGUCUGCUGUCCCCCGUGGCGUCUUCGGCCCUUCACGGCCUCCUCCAGCUGUCUGGCCUCCUCUAGACUUUGCCCUGGGUGCUCUCGCCUGCUGUGCCGCCUGCGUGUUCACCAACCCUCUGGAGGUAGUGAAGACCCGCCUGCAGCUGCAGGGAGAGCUUCGUGCUAGGGGAUCCUACCAGAGACACUACCGGGGAGUCCUGCAGGCCCUCUGGGUGGUGGGCCGCACAGACGGGCUCAGGGGCUUGCAGAAGGGGCUCUCAGUGGGGCUGAUGUACCAGGGUGUGAUGAACGGUGUGAGGCUGGGCUCCUACUCUUACUGUGAAGCUCUGGGGGCUACAGCGUUGCACGGAGGGAGUCUAUUGUCAGGGGCAGUGGCUGGGGCGCUGGGUGCCUUCAUUGCCUCUCCUGCUUACCUGGUGAAGACCCACCUGCAGGCUCAGAGUAUGGAAGCAAUAGCAGUGGGCCACCAGCAUAACCACCUGGGGGCGUCUGAUGCCUUUGCUACCAUCUAUAGAAAGGAAGGUGUGAUUGGACUUUGGAGGGGGGUGAAUGGGGCCGUGCCUCGAGUCAUGGUGGGAUCAGCUGCUCAGCUGGCAACCUUCACCUCGGCCAAGGACUGGGUGUCACAUUCCCAGUGGUUCAGUCCAAACAACUGGCUCACAGCUCUGAUAGCUGCCAUGGUUAGUGGUGUUGCCGUGGCGGUCACCAUGACACCAUUUGAUGUUAUAAGUACGCGUCUUUACAACCAGCCGGUGGAUGAGUCUCAUAGGGGCCGUCUGUAUCAUGGAUUUUCAGAUUGUCUACUGAAGGUGUGCCAAGCUGAAGGCCUGCUGGGGUUGUAUAAAGGAAUGGGUCCUGUAUUCGUACGCUUGGCCCCUCACACUGUCCUCAGCAUGCUGUUCUGGGAUGUGAUGAGACAACAGACAGUGAAGGACAAACAGAGCCAGGGAAGGAGCUAAAACAUUCUAAACUACCGCAGAUGAUGGUCUGAAGAGGACUCAACUAUGGAUAUUAAAGUGGUCCAUCAAUUAAUGAAAGAUGAUAGGACUCCUAUCAUCCCAGCAAUAGGAGUCUCAUUUCUGAUAUGAAGCUAAAGUUGAUAGUGUAUAAGCUUAGCUUAGGAGAAAGACUAGAAACGGGUAAAAUAUGUUACAGCUUUAGCCCAAAGGUAACAUGAAAGCUUAAAACACCUCUAAAAGCUCACUUACACAUACUAUCUGACAGGUUGACGGACUUAGACUGUCUUGGCUAUGAUGCUAACUUCUUUGAGUCUCAGCUGGUUUCCUCACAUUGCAGCCAAACCAGUAACAAAUGUAAAAUUGUCAUUAAGGCUUUCUGCACAGGUUAAACUCAACAAGUUGACAUUAUUAAUCAACAUGUUAAGCUUUGAGUUUGAGAGAUGCUAGGAUUGGCCUUUUGUAACUGUGGAGCCAAGCUAGCUGUCCUUUUUUCCUCAGAUGUUGCGGUAAGCUAUUUAAAACUAAGCUAGGCCAAAACCUUACGGCUACAGCUUUAUAUUCAGCCUAACGCUAGGAAAGCAGCAUUGGUUGUCUCAACCGUUUGCCAGAUGGUCAAUAAUAGUAUUUACCUACGUGUCACACUCUUCUUGAGGCACUAGUGGCACUUCAGUCUGAAGAUAGGAACUGAUGAACAUUGAAGUAGCAACUUGAAGUUGGACUCAAGCUGCAAAGAUUCUAACAAAAAUUUCAGGGGUUUUGAUCAAAUGUCUACAACAAGAAUUUAUUGAUAAACUAUCUGAAGUUGCCUUCAUACCUCAAAUCAUAUCGGAACAAACCAGGUCUUAGAAAGUCUUCCAGUAAGAAGCUAAAAUGAGGAAAUAUUGGCUUGUUUUUAAUGGACUGCAUUUGACCUUAGGGAAUAUGGUCGUACAUCAGGCCUAUGAGUCAACAUGGCUGCUGUAUUUGGGUUUUUCAAAGUUGAAUUCAUAACUCUAGUUGCCUUAUCUGUUAAUUGUUUGGAGGAACUUCUGAUAAACAUGCCUUUAUUAACUAACACAAACUACUGGUACCUUAAGCACAAUUGUAUUUGAUGUGAUGUUUUUAUGUACAGUAAUAAAAUCUGUGAGUACUUUAAGCCUUUAAAAAGCACUAAGUGAUAAUAAUAAAGACUUUUUUUGUAUGAAAUGUAA